AGCUUUGGGAAGAGGCUUUGAAGAGGAAACCUGACUAGUCUUUGUUGAUCCCACGCUGUGUAGACCCUCCUGGAGAGCUGGAGGCCGCCUGCCAUAGGCCACCCAGAACAGGGUCCCACCAUGGCCCUGAGCAUCUUGUCUGAGCAGUUCUGCAUCCCAAAGCCUCAAAAGAAGCCCCCAAGCACACACGCCAUGAAGGAGGAGGCCUUUCUCCGCCGCCGCUUCUCUCUCUGCCCGCCUUCCUCCACGCCUCAGAAAGUGGAUCCUCGGAAGCUCACCCGGAACCUGCUCCUUGGCGGGGAGAAUGAGCUCUGCCCUCUCAGCCCAGGGAAGGACAUGGAGCCCAACGGCCCGUUGCUGCUGAGGGAUGCAGGGCCCCCAACUCCAGGCUCUGCCACAAAGGUGCCACCGGCAGAGUACAGGCUGUGCAAUGGAUCUGACAAAGAGUGUGUGUCACCAACAACCAGGGUCGCCAAGAAGGAGGCUCUCAAGGUGCAGAAGAAGAACUACCGGCAAGAGAAGAAGCGAGCUACUCGGCAGCUGCUGCGCGCCCUCACGGACCCUGGAGUGGUCAUCAUGGCCGACAGCCUGAAGGUCCGUGGGACCUUGAAGAGCUGGACCAAGCUGUGGUGCGUGCUGAAGCCAGGGGCACUGCUCAUCUACAAGACACCCUCGGGGGGCCAGUGGGUGGGCACCGUGCUGCUGCACUGCUGUGAGCUCAUCGAGCGGCCCUCCAAGAAGGACGGCUUCUGCUUUAAGCUGUUCCACCCGCUGGACCAGUCCGUCUGGGCUGUGAAGGGCCCCAAAGGUGAGAGUGUGGGCUCCAUCAUGCAGCCCCUGCCCAGCAGUUACCUGAUCUUCAGAGCUGCCUCCGAGUCAGAUGGCCGCUGCUGGCUGGACGCCCUAGAGCUGGCACUCCGCUGCUCCAGUCUACUGCGACUGAGCGCCUGUAAGCAGGGCUGCGACGGGGAGCCAGGGUCCUCGCCAGAUGCAUCGCCCUCAUCACUCUAUGGACUGCCCUCCUCGGCUGCUGUCCACCCAGACCAGGACCUAUUCCCAUUGAAUGGGGUAUCCCUGGAGAAUGACGCGUUCUCAGACAGGUCGGAGCGAGAGAACCCCGAGGAGUCAGACACUGAGACCCAAGAUCACAGCCGGAAGACCGAGAGUGGGAGCGACCAGUCGGAGACCUCCGGGGCCCCUGGGCACAGAGGGACCACCUAUGUGGAGCAGGCCCACGAGGAGCUCGGGGAGCUGGGUGAGGCAUCGCAGGUGGAGACGGUGUCGGAGGAGCACAAGAGUCUCAUAUGGGUCCUGCUGAAGCAGCUGCGGCCGGGCAUGGACCUGUCCCGCGUGGUGCUGCCCACCUUUGUGCUGGAGCCACGCUCCUUCCUCAACAAGCUCUCUGAUUACUAUUACCACGCUGACCUGCUCUCCAGGGCCGCAGCGGAGGAUGAUGCCUACCGCCGCAUGAAGCUUGUGCUGCGCUGGUACCUGUCCGGCUUCUAUAAGAAGCCCAAGGGAAUCAAGAAGCCCUACAACCCCAUCCUGGGGGAGACCUUCCGCUGCUGCUGGUUCCACCCCCAGACCAACAGCCACACAUUCUACAUAGCAGAGCAGGUGUCCCACCACCCGCCUGUGUCUGCCUUCCACGUCAGCAACCGGAAGGAUGGCUUCUGCAUCAGUGGCAGCAUCACAGCCAAGUCCAAGUUCUAUGGGAACUCACUGUCCGCUCUGCUGGACGGCAAAGCGACCCUCACCUUCCUGAACCGCGAGGAGGAUUACACCCUCACCAUGCCCUACGCCCACUGCAAAGGAAUCUUGUACGGCACAAUGACCAUGGAGCUGGGUGGGAAAGUGACCAUCAAGUGUGCAAACAACAACUUCCAAGUGGAGCUGGACUUCAAGCUCAAGCCUUUCUUCGGUAGUAGCACAAGCAUCAACCAAAUCUCAGGGAAGAUCAUGUCGGGGGACGACGUCUUGGCAAGUCUCACUGGACACUGGGACAGUGACGUUUUCAUCAAGGAGGAGGGAAGCAGCAGCCCUGAGCUCUUUUGGACCCCAGACAGGGCGGCCCGCGGGCGGAGACUGAAGCGGUACACGGUGCUGCUAGAGGAGCAAACGGAGCUGGAGUCCGAGAGGCUCUGGCAGCAUGUCACCAGGGCCAUCAACGAAGGUGACCAGCACAAGGCCACGCAGGAGAAGUUUGUGCUAGAAGAGGCGCAGCGGCAGCGGACCCGGGAGCGCCAGCAGAGCAUCACUCCCUGGAAGCCACAGCUGUUCCACGUGGACCCUGUCACUAGGGAGUGGCACUACAGAUAUGAGAACCGCAGCUCCUGGGACCCCGAGAAGGACAUUGCGCAGUUUGAGCAAGAUGGGAUCCUGCAGACCCUACGGCGGGAGGACGUGGCCCACCAGACCCCCUUCCAGGGCAGCCCGGAGCCCAGGCAUGAGAGAUCUGGCCCAGACCGACGAUUCCGCAAGGCCAGUGACCAGCCCUCCGGCCAUAGCCAGGUCACCGAGAGCAGUGGUUCCACACCUGAGUCCUGCCCAGAGCUCUCAGACGAGGACCAGGAUGGGGGCUUUGUUCCAGGCAGCGGGAGCCCGUGCCCUCGGUGCAGGCAGGCAGCACAACAGUUGCAGGCCCUUCAUGAGGCUGUCCUCUCCAUCCGUGAGGCCCAGCAGGAGCUGCACAGAGCAAGUGUGCAGUGCUUGGCAGACACUGGUCCUGAGACUUCAAGGAACCUAGAGGAAGGUGCUGUCCCCAGCAUGGGCUUGGGCAUAACCUCAAGAGAGAUCCUGAGGCACCUCUCGGCCAUGCUGGGCUCCACGGCACGGGCUGCACAGGUGUCAGCCCCAGGCCUGCUGCAGAGCCCCCGAUCCUGCUUCCUGCUCUGCGUGUUCCUGGCCUGUCAGCUAUUUGUUAACUACAUCUUCAAAUAAGAGCCCAUAGGGUGGCCUGGGGGUCUCCUGCAGAGCUCCUGCAAGGCUGACACGCCCUCCCAGCACCCGGCACUUUAAGCAUGGAGGUGGAGGGGCCCAGCAAGCACAGCCAAGGGGGCCAAGGAGCAGGGGUCCACAGCAAGGACCUGGGGGCCACCAGGGCGCUGCGGCCCAGACAUGCCAGGCCUGUCUUCAGGGCCACUGGCCUCUCCCCUGGGGUUCUCACCCCACACGGGCCUUAACACUAAAGCCAAAUGCAGCUUCCAUUGUGUGACAUGCUCCUGGUCAUCUUGCCUUGUCAUUCCCAGUCCAGCCUCUAUUUACCAUGUGGGAUCAACGGAUUCUGGGGCAGGAGGGCCUGCCCAGGCUUUGGACGGUCACACCCCAGCAGCCAUGAGGGAAAGGUUUCAAGAUGGGAACUGGGAGUUCCAAGCAGGCCCAGGAGUCCCCUGGGCUCCUGCAGACUGAGGUACAGGCCUGCCUUCCUGCGACCCUGACCACAUUGCCAGGGUCACCCUGGAGGGCUCCAGGGACAGGCCGGGCCGCUCUGGGGAGGACAUGUUGGUUUUCAUUCCUCUAUGUGCUGUUCGAAUGGGAGCCCAGCACGGUAGGUCCUGGAACCUCCUGGCCUGGCUGGCCUGCGCUUAGGCCCAGGUGGAGGUGGAUGUGAGCACAGAUGGGUAUGGAGGGCACAGGGCCCUAGUUGAGCUGGCCCUGUGUCCCUGGACCAGGGAAGCUCAAGUUUGCCAAUUUGCUCAGAUCAACAUACAGUCUUACCACUUUACACUUUUGUAAUAAAUGUAACUGCAAUAUUCUAGGCAGACCAUGAGCAGUGGUCAGCCUUUGGCAUCUGGCCUCAGUCCCUGUGUCGCUGCCACUCUGCGUGUAUGUGCAUGUGUCUGUGUGUGAAGCGUCUACACAUAUACACACAUACGGAGCCUUAAACUAUGGUGUGCGGUGCCAUCUGAGCUGUUAACUGGUCGUUUUGUUUUCCAGUUUUUGUACCUGUGUCUUUGUCUUCCCCUGUCCGUCCAAUCUGGGGACAUGUCUAUGCUCCCUGCCUUGAAAUAAACACACACACGCGUUUCGUGUUCUGUUCUUGGGGACUUCUAGAAACAAGCAAGGGCUUCUCAGGAAGACUCAAAGACAGCAUGGGGCUGUCUGGGGCUGGGCAGAGAGGAGAAGGACCAGGAGGGAGAGUGGCUACAGUAUUUGAAGGAAGCGGGGAGCAGCAGACCUGCCCUAUGGAGUAAGUGCCAAGAUCCUCAUGAGUGGCACUACCCACGGGGCACUCUAGACAGCUGCCAAGACAAGGUGGGUAGAGGGGUGUUGGCACAUGUCCCUGGGGCCCAUUUUUCUGGUUGUUGCCCCCACCCUGUGAAGGAGAAAACCCAGGCUGAGCCACCUGAGCCUCUGCCCCCAGCCUAGCCCAGCCCUGCUUUGGUUCCACUGUGGCCACCGCCCCUGGUACUCAGCCACAAAGGCCAAAGUAAGUGGGCCUGCCCUAGGCUAGGACAGCCCUGGGUGCCCCUGAGGAGGGGCAGGGGCACCUGACCACAGCAGCCCCCACACCAUGGCAAUCGGAGCCUGCCAGCCUGGGAGAUGCUGGCUGGGGAUGUGCUGCAAAGUGAGAAGGGUUUGUCUAACACAUUGCACAGAUUUCUUUCAGCUUCAACUUCCUGCCCUUAAUGAUAAAAAUGAUACUUCCCUUCUAGUAUAGGGAGGGCAUCUUCCACGUGGGGAUUUUAGCUUCUGCUCAGAAAAAGAAAGGCCGAGCAUGGUGGUUCAUGUCUAUAAUUGUAAGGUUUUGGGGGGCUGAGGCAGGAGGAUUGCUUGAGGCCAGGAGUUCAAGGCUCCAGUGAGCUAUGAGGACACCACUACACUCUAGCCUGGGCAACACAGUGAGACACUGCCUCAAAAAAAAAAAAACCAUGGGAGAGAGGUCAGAGUGAUCUUGUACCUACUGUUUCUCCAAUGCCUUUAGCUCAAAACUGUGUGGCAGGGUAGCAUAUUUUGGGGUUCCAGGUUCUUAACACCUUCACUUUAUGUCACCUCCACAGUUUAGUGGUAUCAACAUUUUACUAGUUUGAGUGCAGAAACCUUGCCUCACUUUAACCUCCCCAUUUACAAUAAAAUUACCAUAACCAUUUUCUCUGUCUGCAUUGAGAGCCAUAUCAGCAUAAUCCAGGGGUGUCCAAGCUUUUGGCUUCUCUGGGUCGCAUGGGAAGAAGAGUUGUCUUGGGCCACACGUUAAGUACAUAAACACAGAAGCUCAUGGAUGAGCAAAAGAAAAGGUCCAUGCAUGAUUUUCAUGAUAUCCACAAUCACAGAUAAGCAAAAAAGUCCUCAAGUAAUAAUCCUAAUUAUGCAGCAGCCCAUUCAGAGAGUGUUUUACUAUUGUUGAGCAGGUCCUGUUUGUGGUCACUAAUAUAGAAAAUGUACCCAAGUAGUAAAACAUCUUUUUAAAAUAUUUUUCAUUGUAGGCUCGGUGCCUAUGGCUCAACAGGCUAAGGCACCAGCCACACACACCUGAGUUGGCGGGUUCGAAUCCAUCCUGGGCCCACCAAACAACAAUGACGGUUGCAACCAAUAAGUAGCUGGGCAUUGUGGUGGGUGCCUGUAGUACCAGUUACUUGGGAGGCAGAGGCAGGAGAAUCGCUUGAGCCCAGGAGUUUGUGGUUGCUGUGAGCUGUGAUGCCACUGCACUCUACCCAGGGUGACAGCUUGAGGCUCUGUCUCAAAAAAAUACAUACAUAUUUUUUCAUUGUAAAAGAAAAGUGGGCAACAUAAAAAUCAUGGACAUUGUAAUUGAGGAAUUAAUACAUCCAUGUCUGGUUUCAUGGAAGUAGUUGCAAUUGUCAGUGAGUUCUCAAGGUGCUCAUCAUAUUUUGGUUCUAAUUUUACUCUUAAUGUGCUUCAUUCUUGAAAAUAGUUGCUCACAAAUGUAGGUGCUGCUAGAAAGUGAUGACACAAAUAAGAUGUGAUUGUGAAGUGAGGGAUAUUUGUCUCUGGAAAGAGACACAAUCAAAUUCUUCUUUAAGUUGAAUGUCAGAUUGGAACUCUAUGCAUUCCAUCUGAAAGCUGGCAGGUAACACGUCAACUGAAAAUGGAGUCACAAAUGCACCAAAAUAUUAUUUUCCUAGAAAUCUUGAAAUCUGUUUUCAAAUUCUUGUAUCAAAUAAAAAAGGAAGGCUACGUAUUUUUUGCUAUUCACAGGACUGUCUUUAGCCGGCAUGUUGAAAUGUGUAAAAUUGCCUUAAUUUGUGCUUGCCAUAAUUUUAGUUUCAUUUGAAACGCUGUUAUGGUUUGAAACAUUGUAUCGAUAAGUUGAUUUUUCACCUUGAAGACCAUGUUUAAUUCAUUUAAAUGAGCAGUUAAAUCCACUAAAAUGCUAAAUCUGUAAACCAGUUUUCAUCGUCAUGUUCUGGCAGAAAUUUGGCUCUUGAUACCGUAAGUGAGUUCAUUUGGCCUCAACUUAAGUCGUCUUCCGAAAGUAAAUGAUGUCACUCUAGUCGGCAUCAAUACUUCUAAGGAAUUCCUGGAAUUGGUGAUGAUUCCAUCCGUGGGCCCUUAUGAAUUUCACAGUCUUGAUGACAAUUUGCAUGACAUUAUCCAAUUUUAAAGCUUUUGCACAUAAA